UACGGACGGGAGGAGGGGGAGAGAGAGAGACAGACAGAGAGACAGAGAGAGAGGGAGAGCUCCGCGAAUGUCAUCCACUCGUUCAGUGCGCUGGGAGCCCAGGCACCGUCAGCAGCUCUCCGCGCGCCCCGACACCUUCCAGCAAACAGCAGAAAUGAGUUAGAGGGCAGCCACUGGAGUCGCUUCUCGCGUGCGCGGGUGGUCGUUUGGACCCUGCACAUUAAGCGAAUCUAAAGCCUAUUAGUGCAGUGUUUAAAGAUGUGGUCCAGCUGGGAUGCUGGAGACUGUGCGCUGUAGAUACUCGGUGUGCGCUGCGAGUCAUCCCGUUGGAUUGGACAUACACUGACCAUUGCGCAGCGUCUGAGUCGGAAAUAUGCCGCUGUGACAAAGAGGACAAGAGCGCGCCCCAAGGAGUUUGGAUGUCAUCUUCUUCGCUAAAGUUGCGUUGCGCCUAAUUGUGCGUUUGUUUGCGUCUGGCAGUUUGUGGCGGUAAUUCCGCACCCGAGAAAAAAAGAAAAAAAAAAGUCCUUUGCCAAUGUUGCCGCGUCCAUGCGCCGAACCCAACUUCACGGUCCUAUCAGGUGAUUUUGUGGAGACCAAUUUCCAGCAGUCACGGGCUUACAAAAUAAGGACUCAUCUGGAGUGCAGGGAGAAUGAGGAGUCACCGGGGCCGGGGGAAGCAGCAUGAGUGGCCCGUGCAUCUCCGUUAGACUGACGGCCCUCAUGUUUCUAUGGAAGUGGGCAACACUGAGCCUGCUCCAGAGCUGGGUGUCCGUAGGGGCCGGGGCGGCCGACCCUGUCCCGGCUGGCUUGGGCGGCUUCACGGGGCCGCUGGGCUGGCUUCUUUCGGACAAGGGUCCCUUUCACCGCUCCCAGGAGUUUGUCGAUUUCACAGAGCGCUACCAACAAGGAUUCACUACCAAGUACAAGAUAUACAGGGAGUUUGGCCGCUGGAAGGUGAACAGCUUGGCCCUGGAGAGACGGGAGAACAAUGGCUUCGCCCUGCCAUUGGACCCCGAGUUCCUCCAGACCAUUAGGCAGCUGGGCAGGAGGCCCAGUCUCAGCGCCAUCACUGACAACAUUAUCAGAAAAUACGGAACCCACUUCCUGCUCUCCGCUACACUGGGAGGGGAGGAGUCGUUGAUGAUCUUCGUGGACAAGCGGAAGUUGAGUCGGACUUCUGAAGCGAGCGAGUCCAACGGCACCGCCGUGACUCUGGAAGCUCUGCACCAGCUGGCUGCCUCCUACUUCAUUGACAGGGAGAGCACCCUGCACAAGCUGCACCACCUCCAGAUUGCCUCCACUGCCAUCAAGGUGACCGAAACAAGGACGGGCCCACUCGGAUGCAGUAACUAUGACAACCUCGACUCUGUCAGCUCCGUUUUGGUUCAGAGCCCUGAAAAUAAGAUUCAUUUGCAAGGGCUCCAAGCCAUACUGCCAGAGUACCUAAGGGCCAGGUUCGUUCAGGCAGCGCUCAGCUAUAUCGGAUGUAAUGAGGAGGGCCAGUUUGUGUGCCGGGACAAUGACUGCUGGUGCGAGUGCAAAGCGGACUACCCACAGUGUAAUUGCCCCGAGGUGGAUCUGAGGGCUAUGGAAGCCAGUGUGCUGAAAAUCCGAGAUUCCUGGAACAUGGCCAACCAGGACUUUGAGGAGUCAGAUGAGUUUCAGAACUUUGUCCGAAGACUUCCCACUUUCUACGCCCUCAACGCGUCUGCCAUCCAAUACUUCUGGAAGACGGAGCCGACCAUUCACCAGCGCUACAAACAGCUGGAGCUCGGCACCCAGCAGCUCCUUAGGAAAGCACGACGCCUCAUCAACAAGCUCUUCACCCUCAGCAAGAGGUGUCGAACUCAGCCCAAAAUGAUCAUGCUGAGGGAGAGGCCCUUCAGCUAUUGGCCGAACUACAUCCUGUCCAUCAUGUACUGCAGUGAGAACAACCACAUCGGCUCCUACCUGGAGGAAACAAGGAGUUGCUCGUGCCCCUACGAGCACCCCCCAUGCCAGGGGGUGAUCCCCUGCACGGUGGGGGAGGGCACCUCCUGCGCCUCCUGCUCCUACGAGAACCGCUCCCGCUGCGCCACCUGUAACCAGGGUUACAUGCUGAGCCAGGGCGCGUGCCGCAACGAAGUGCCCGACUCCACCGAUCACUACAUCGGCUUCGAGACGGACCUGCAGGACAUGGAGCUGCGCUUCCUCCUGCAGAAACGAGACAACCGCAUCAACAUCCACGGGAUCUUUGUCAGCAACGACGUCCGGCUUAAUAGCUGGUUCGACCCGUCGUGGAGGAAGAGGAUGCUGCUGACGCUGAAAAGCAAUAAAUACAAGUCAAACCAUGUCCACAUGCUCCUGGGGAUGUCUCUGCAGAUCUGCCUUACCAAGAACAGCACUCUGGACCCCAUGCUGUCUGUCUACAUCAAUCCGUUUGGGGGGAGCCACUCUGAGAGUUGGAUCAUGCCCAUUGACCAGAACAGCUACCCAGACUGGGAGAGGACUAAAUUAGACCUCCCCUAUAACUGCUACAACUGGACUUUGACUUUGGGCAACAAGUGGAAAACAUUUUUUGAGACGGUCCACUUUUACCUACGGAGCCGGGUCAGAGCGCCCUCAAGCAAUGGGAAUGGAAGUGUAUAUUAUGAGCCCUUGGAGUACCUGGAACCGGGGCAAAAUCUAGGCUACAUGAAGAUUAACAGCAUCCAGGUGUAUGGCUACAGCAUGCACUUUGACCCAGAAGCAAUCCAGGACCUGAUUUUACAGCUUGACUACCCAUAUACUCAGGGAUCGCAGGACUCCGCCUUGCUGCAGCUGCUGGAGAUCCGGGAUCGGGUCAACAGGCUCUCCCCACCUGGAGCUCAGCCUCUGGACUUCUUCUCCUGUCUGCUCCGGCACCGGCUCAAACUGUCCACCACGGACGUUGCCAGGAUCCAGGCAGCGCUGCAGACUUUCAGUGCCAAGCAGCCCCACUCAUUGGAAUACGAAACAACCAAAUUAUGUAGUUAAAAAGUGGGCAAGCGGCCACGUGCACAGAUGGCCGAGCAAGUGAUAUUUGGGGGGAGAUUUUCACUGUCGUCACGGAUCUCAAGAGUGCAUUUGAGAUCCUCAUGUCAGCUUUUCCUAUAUAUUUGUACAACAUUGUAGAAUUGAGGAGGAUUUCACCCAACUUGCCUCAGAUUCUUUUUUUUUCCAAUCCUGUUGAAUAUUAACUUUGGCAUUUAUUAAUAUCACUUUAAAGCUCUCCUGCCAGUGUGCUGACGUUCAUACGUUGCACAAAUUGGAAAUUGCUCUCAUUCGUAAACAAAAAUUUUUGCUGAUUAAGUGCUACCGAAGCAAUGUGAUCAUCUCAUGGAUAUAAAUAUUUCAACACAAACAUGUUUUUGGUUUGUACUUCCCAUGACAUUCAUUUCCCAGACUCAAAAAUAAAUCACACAUUUCAUAUCAUGGCCCUCUGUUUUAAAUUGGCACAGGAUGGGCACCUUAUUGCUUUAAGCGCUCCCAUCAACAAUGAAGUCACUACUUUUUUUACGUGGCACUCCUGUUUUGUAAGUCAAGGAAAAAAAAAAAACAAUAAACGAUGAAUAAAUAGACGCUGUAUUACGCCAGAUUCGCAGAUAAGAAAACAACACCGUGGUCACAGUAUAUGUUACAUGUGCUUUUAUUUUUAUAAUGCUGUUGUUUGUGAAUCAAAAGAUAUAAAAACGUUGAUAAAAUGUACAAUACAAUUUGUUAAUACACUAAAUAAAAACCUUUUUAUGUGUGGUCUGUA